AUGAGGCCCUACACUACAUUCCUGUUCUCCCUUCUGCUCUUUUCAUACAUCUCUCACGCAGCCCCGGUACCGCAGGAAGAGGAUGAACAAGACCUCACCUCUGCCGGUGCUGAAAAACUAACAACGCUCGCCGAUGCAUUGUCCGGGGACUUUAGCACUUCGGAAAGCAGCGUACGAUGGAUUUCGGCGGGGAAUUACUCUGACGGGACAUAUGUGGCACAGGACCUCCCGACGCAGACCCUAAUUCUGUGGGAUAUCGCCAAGAAUGCUAGUAGCGUGUUCGUCGAUGCCGCCGAGUUGGGCAUAGACUACUAUAACUAUUCCAUCCAGGCCUCCGGAAAGCACGUCCUGUUUAGCACCAACUACUCAAAGAAAUACCGUCACUCGUAUCUCGCCGAUUACUAUGUUUGGAGCGUGGAGGGUAAGACCUUGAUUCCCCUUGUCGAGAGACAGAAUGGAGAUGUGCAGUAUGCAGUGUGGAGUCCUCAUGGCGAUGUGAUCGCCUAUGUCUGGGGGAAUGAUUUGUUUAUUUGGAAGGACGGGGUGAGUGCUAGGGUUACCAAUGAUGGGGGAGAGAAUGUGCUUAAUGGGGUGCCUGCCUGGGUUUAUGAAGAGGGUGUGUAGUUCUUCCCCCCAAAUAAUUCUUGCGGGAGGAUGGAAUUAACGAUUUACCAUUCUUUUUGUUUUCCUUGGUGGGGAGUUAGAGAUCUUCGGGGCGAUGCACACAUUGUGGUUUUCACCGGAUGGGGAGUAUCUUGCUUUCUUGAAGUUUAAUGAGACGGAAGUGCGCUUUACAUUCAUGUUUUCUAUUAAACCCAAUGGGGUUGAUACUAAGCUAGGUGAAUAUAGGUACCAACAUAUACCGUGCCAUACUACAUAGCUGGGCAACAGGUUGCCCCACCUUACCCCGUUGAGCUCCGUAUCAAGUAUCCUAAAACAGGAGAGAAAAACCCCACGGUUACCUUUCAUCUUCUUGAGGUUAACAAGCCGUCUGCCCUGAGAAAGAUUAACGUUCAGGCUUACACUCCGGAUAACUUGAUCAUUUCCGAGGUUGCCUGGGUGGCAGAGAAGCAUGAGAGUGUCAUCAUCCGCGCGGAGCAGGGUACAAGAUAUGGAAAAGUUGGUUUUGGUUGAUGUUGAGAGCGGUAAUGCACGGGUUGUGAGGGAGAGGGAUGGUACGGAUGGGUGGUUGGAGAAUUAUCUUGCUAUCACUUGUGAGUUUUCCUUACGGGGGUCUCUAGUGUCAGCUAAGGAGCUACUAAUACUCUUGGUUAGAUGUCCCAGGGCUUUCUACUCCUUCCUAUUUGGAUAUCUCAGAUCAUUCUGGCUGGCCACACAUUUACCUUUACCCAGUAUCAGGUGGCGAGCCGGUUGCCUUGACAUCUGGCAACUGGGAAGUCACUACGGUCUACUCAGUCGAUUCUAGGCGCGGUCUAGUCCAUUACCAAUCCACAGAGCGUGAUUCUACCGAACGCCACAUCUUUACUGUGAGUCUCGAUGGAAAGACCAAAAAGCCUCUCGUAGAUAUCACCAAGGAAGGAUAUUACGGCGCCAGCUUCUCCCCCGGAGGAGGGUACCACACCCUGAGCUAUAGCGGACCAAACUUGCCAUGGCAAGUACUUCGCCGCAUAGGCUCCGAUAUGCCCAUCCGGGUGAUAGACCACAACGCCCCCCUUGAGGCCAACCUUUCCGCAUAUUCUCUCCCCAAGAUCGUCUGGUCGAAGCUCAAGCACCCGGAUGGAUAUGAGCUCAACGUUUUGGAGCGUCUACCGCCAAAUUUCACUAAGGGGAAGAAAUAUCCGGUACUAUUUGAUAUAUAUGGUGGCCCGGGCUCGCAACGCACAGAAAAGACCUUUCGCCGGACGGUUGACUUCAGCACAUACUUGGGAUCGGAUCCCGAGUUGGAGUACAUCGUUGUCACGGUGGACAAUCGUGGAACGGGGUAUAAGGGGCGGAAAUUCCGUACUAUGGUCGUCGGUCAGCUGGGAAAGCUGGAGGCGGAAGAUCAAGUUUGGGCCGCUAAGGAGUACGGAAAACGAGACUAUGUUGAUCCCGGGAAGAUUUCUAUUUGGGGGUGGAGCUACGGCGGAUACCUCACUGGUAAAGUUCUUGAAUUGGAUUCCGGAGCGUUCUCUUCAGGCAUUGUAUGUCCCUCCAUCACUUCUCCUACCCCCACUCCAGGCCUGCCGCUAAAACAGAAUAGAUGACCGCCCCAUCGAGUGACUGGCGCUUCUAUGAUAGCAUCUACACCGAACGCUACAUGAAAUCCCCAACCGCCAAUAGGGCAGGCUACAAUGCCUCCGCCAUAGCAAAGACAUCGGGAUUCAAGAACGUUGCGGGAGGCUUCCUCAUCCAGCAUGGGACCGCUGACGACAAUGUGCAUUUCCAGAACCCGGCCGUUCUUGUCGGCACGCUGGUUUCCGAGGGCGUGGGUCCCGAGAAGAUGCGAGUGCAAUGGUUCACUGACUCGGAUCAUAACAUUAAUUAUAAUGGGGCCUCGAGCUUUUUAUACAAGCAGUUAGCCAAAGCGCUUUAUGAUGAGAAGAGGAGGACACCUGAGGGUAAGCAUCAGUGGAGUCGCAGG